UGGUUAUCUAAUACUUGAAUUUAAGUUUGAUAACAGGUGAUAACAAAUGACAUAUAAAUGUUCUUCAAAACAUAUGUCACAGUAGGUCUGUCACUGGAGGAAAAGGAAGAAUGGAUCUUAAAGCAAUUAGUGUGAUUCUUCUGUUGAGCGUGGCGUUUGCCUCUGCCGCGUCUAAAGAUCGCAACAACAAGAAGUACAGGGUGGUAUGUUACCUUGGAAGUUGGGCAAACUACAGGCCAGGAGCUGGAAAAUUCUUAAUCGAGCAUAUUGAUCCCUUCCUUUGUACUCACGUCAUAUAUGGAUUUGCUAAAUUGGCUGGCAACAAGAUAGCUGCUUACGAUCCAUAUCUGGAUUUGAAAGAAAAC